AUGUCUGACACUUCCGAAGAAACCAUCCAAUCCGACAGAAAUGGCGAGAAUCACGAAAGCGUCUGUAGAGACUUCACUAGAGGUUUGUGCGAUCGAAAAUUCUGCAAAUACAAACAUGAAAACGAAAUCAAACAGCUCAAUUUCUGUCACGACUUCCAAAAUUUCGUCUGCCCGCGACCUUUCUGCAAAUUUAUCCAUUGCACGCUUGAAGAGGUCGACGAAUACAAACGUACCGGACAAAUGUCGCACCAAAUUCUCACCGAGGCCACCAGGAAGCACCAACUGCCAGGUACUCCGCCCGUGUGCAAUCAAUUCAAAAAGGGACAGUGCAGAAGGGCCGUCUGCAAAUACAGGCACAUCACCAAAGAGCAAGAGGAGGCCGAAAUCGUUGGUAUAGUACAAAACGGCGUGCAGAAAACGCCGCCACAAGUGAUAUUUAGUAAUAAUAACGGCAAUGGUUUAGCCGAAACGCAAUUGGUGGCUUUGGAGUCGUUGGGAGGCGUUCUCAGAAGAAACGGCGUAAGUUUCGAUGAAUACAAGGAAGAAGGAAUUCCUUUGAUAAAAAGACGUUUUAUAGCCACUCAGGAACCCGAAAUCAUUUGCGAUAUUAUGGAUCGUAACGGUACCGGAUCGGUAUUUAAAGGUUAUUUCUCUGGAAAUCCCCCGCCGGCCAUGCUGAGCAGAGCUGACGCUAGAACGUUAAUGUUAGAAGAAGAAAAUCAAAUGUUGCAUAAAGAAAUUGCUCAACUUAAAAAGCAGGUUUCCGAUUUGACCGCCACCAAUGAAUUCCUGCUGGACCAAAACGCCAAUUUACGAGUGAGCGGUAAACGUAACAACGUUCCCGCCGUGACCAUAACCAACACCCCGACUCAAGUCAACAGAACCGUCAUAGCGAGCGUAGCCACCGUUCCCGUAUCAUUAGCCACCGUUUCUACUUGCAAUCCCGUCUCCGGCAACCACUCUGUCUCGAUAGCGGGAUGUCCCGCUGUCAGUAUGGCUCCAGCGCAGAUUCUAGCCAACAGCCAGCAGAUUUUAGUUACCACGAACCCUACAACGCAACUCGCCUUAGCGAACAGUUCUCAACAUCAACUGGCCAUCGCGAACAGCUCUCAAGCGCAACUGGCCAUUGCUCAGCAGAGUCUUGCCACCAAUUUGGCGGCUGCGCAGCAAGCGCAACCACAGCUUACUACGUCUCAGGCGCAGCAACUCGCCUUGGCUACGACCACGCAGCAAUUGACGUCGCAAGCGCAGCACAUGGCGAAUCAGCAAAUGGCGUUGGCCAGCGCAGCUGCAGGAGGACCACAAUUGACGACUCAAACGCAACAGAUCACGUUGGCGAGUAACGCGCAAGCGCAGCAGCUCGCGCUCGCCGCUGGGACCAAUCAGCAGUUGACCUCCCAGGCCCAACAGUUGGCCUUGGCCAGCACGACCCAGCAGCUGACGUCGCAAGCCCAACAACUGGCCCUUGCCAGCACGACCCAGCAGCUCACAUCGCAAGCCCAACAACUGGCCUUGGCCAACACGACCCAGCAGCUGACGUCGCAAGCCCAACAACUGGCCUUGGCCAGCACCAACCAACAGCUCAACAAUCAAGCCCAGCAACUGACCGUCACGAACGUGCCUCAACAACUCACCUUGGCCAGCACCAAUCAGCAGUUGAAUGCGCAGCUGAAUUUGGCCUCCGAGAUUCAUAGAAAUUCGCAAAUGAACGCGAUCAGCACGUCGCAAGCGAUCGCCAUGUCGAAUUCCGCGCCUCAAUCGAUGGUCUCCUAUCCUAUCAUGACUCAUAGCAUCAAUCAUGGGAUGACGCAUUAG